CUGUGGAGCGCAUCACCCGCGAUGUACAUCUGGACCCCGUAAAACCAGGCUUCGUGCACAUCUGGAAACUGCAGCCGUACUAUGCCCUGAAAAAUGCAGCCAUGACCUUUUCCGAGGAAAUCUCGUCGGGCACAAUGUACAUCAACACACCGGGUUAUCACGUUGAGUUCACAGUCGGCUUCGGUCGUAAUUCAAUUGUGUCGUCGCCGCACCUGUCGUUUAACUGCCAGAUUUGCCCUGGCCAAUACGACCACAUGCUUUCCUGGCCCUUCAAGAACAAGAUCAUUGUGGUUCUUGUGAACCAGCUAGAAGAACAAGCCCAGCGAUAUUUCGAAAUGCACGCGGCCUCUGCUGAACACGCCGUCGAGUGCUUGAAGAGACCGGAAUCCGAACAACGGAACCCCAAGUUCGGCGUCUCUCAGAUCAUAUCCGUGCCACUACUUGAGAAUGUCAAGAAAGGAUUCCUCUCCCAGAACUGCGUCGUAUUCAAGAUCAUCGUGCCGCCAAUUUAAUUAUUACCUCACCAUAACUACUGAAACGUUCCGUACACCAUUCCAAUAAUUCCGUAUGCUUCCGUAAAAUUUUUACGGAAAUAUAUGGCAAAUAUAUGUAAACAUAUGUAUUCAUUCGAAAAGACAGGGCG